AUGGGUAUUGAUCGAUUAGUAUAUGAUCGCCUUUUGGGGGUUCUGGACUUAGUCACUCGGGGCGAUACCGAUUCUCAGAGAUUUCUGAAUGAAAACCUCAAUGCCUUUGAAUCAGGUAGAAAUGAUGCUUGCAUAUAUUACCUGGAGGUAUCAUUAAACUCCAACAAUUUUCACGUUCGCCAAAUGUCUCUCUUAUUGCUAAAGAGGAGUUUAUCACGAGAAUGGCAAAGUCUAACCGUUGAAUCAAAGAGAGGGCUUUAUGAUGGCAUCUUUCAACUCUUGGGAAUCUCCUCCGCCGAGAUUAGAAGUGUUGUUUCGUCGUGUAUAGUAACCCUUUACGGUUUGCAGAGCGGUAGUGAUUCUAAAGUUUUCACGCAUCGAUUGUUGGAUAUCUUAUCAAAAGAAUCUCCAGUGGAGGUUCUUGAGGCUUCUUCGUUGGCCCUUUCCAUGAUUGUUGAAGAUAUAAUAUCGUUCUCAUCUGAUGACUCUAAUGGAGUGGCAUCACGCGAGAAAUUCGAUUUUCUGAGGGUAGAAUUGUCUAGGAGUAUAAUACAAACUUCCACAAGCAAGCCAGAGUUGCACAGGUACUUGUCCAAGGUUCUUUUGAUCAUGGUGGAUUCGAUGGAGGUAGCAGAGUAUAUUUUACACCAUUAUUUUGAUCUAGUUUGGAACCUACUUGGCUCAAUAUCUACUAUACAGGAGAGUAGCGCUAAAAAGUUUGUUUUGAAGUGUUUGCUACGAAUUUGGGACUAUAGACCGAGUUCUAUUCUUCAAGCUUUAUUUCCUAUAAUCACAAGUUCGUGCAAAGAUGAUAGCGAUCCACAAGUCCAGAUAGAGGCAUUGGACCUACUAUCGCACAUACUUCAGUCUAUUCAGUAUGUCGAAGGCAACAGAGAGAUGCAUGAUAUUCGGAGCGAAUUCUUGACAAGGCUUCGUGCUGAACUUCCGGUUUUAAUAAAGAUACUCGUUGAGAACACAAAAUAUACAUCAUGGGAUUAUAUGUCCAUGGACAUAUCGCAUAUGGAGGACGAUAAUGCUAGCAAACCGGAUAGCAUUCAGGAUCUUCCAUCUCACACACAUGUUUCCAAAAAGCUUAGGGAUUCUGAUGACGAUGAGGAUUUGGACGCCGCAGAGACCAGUACUUGGGGUAACACAUGGACCGUAAGGAAGGGAGCUGCUUUAGCAUUGGAUAAUAUUUCACAAGCAUAUGGUGGAGAUCCUGAGGUUCUUGCCAUAUUUCUACGAUAUAUUCAGGCAAAUCUGGAUAGCCCUGACUGGGAGAUUAAGGAAUCUGCUGUGUUAACUUUGGGUGCUAUCUCUAGAGGCUCUCUUAAUUCUCUUUCUCCAUUUUUGCCCAAAGUUAUUGAAUAUUUGGUUGUCUUGUCUAGUGAUUCUAAACCUUUGUUAAGAAUCAUUUCUUGUUGGUGUAUAUCUCGAUUUACCCAUUUUUUGUUUAGCAAUACCCAGUAUUUGGAAACUUCUCUACGUGCAAUUUUGAAUAGAAUGCUGGAUACAAACAAAAGGGUACAGGAGGGUGCCUGCUCGGCAUUCACAGCAUUUGAAGAGACGUCUGGGAUGCUUUUAGUCCCGUAUCUUGAUUAUAUUUUGGAAACUGUGCUGAGAGCAAUCGAAAUUUAUCAAGAGCGCAACUUUAGAAUUUUAUAUGAUGUUAUCGGCACUCUUGCCCAAAAUGUUGGCGAACCAUUGCUAAAUGCAAGGAAAUUCCCGGAUUUGAUGAAUAGGCUUAUGGAUUUGCUGGCAUCUACCGAUAUAUACAAGCCACAGUUUUUGGCAUUAUUGGAGUGUAUUUCUUGUGUAUCACAAAUUGUUGGUGAUGGAAUGUCAGUUUAUGCGACAAAGAUAUUGCAGAGAUGUCUCUAUUCAAUACAUACAAUAGUAACAGACUCGAAGGAUGAGGAUCUUCCUGGGCCCCCAAGAUGGGACAUUGUCGAGUUUGCUUCGGAUACUAUUUCCUCUCUAGUUUCUUCUCUUCAUGCUACGCCUGCGAAUGUAUGUACUCUUUUGGAUACUUGUUUAGCUACAGAUGGAUCUGGACGCCGCUUUGGAAUAGUGGAGCUUUUGCUUGAAUCUUGCAAAUCUGGACUUGCGGGAGUACUUCAAUCAUGUAUUGCUCUUUUGGGAGAUCUAGGAUGGGUUUAUAGCGCUGUUUUAGUUCAGCCAGUAGUGCAUUUACUUACUGAAAAUAUUUUGCACGACUUUCCUUCUGUGGCUAAUAACGCAGUAUGGGCAAUUGGAGUUUUGUCCAUGCAUGAAAGAAGGAGUAUUUUACAGCCUCAGCUACAAAAGAUCGUUUUGGAUCUCUCUCAUAUUCUCAAUUCGGAAUCUAGAGCUUACAAAAAUUUAUGCAUCAUACAAAAUGUCUGUAUUACCCUCGGAAGAAUCUGUCUAAACUUUCCGGAUAGUACAUGUACAUUGUUGCCUAAAUUUGCGGAGAAGUUUUGCUUGAACUUGACAAGUUACAGAAACGAUUUUGAUAAGGCGCAGGCUAUUCAGGGUCUUGCGCUAGCUGUUACAAAAUCCCCAGUGUCGGCGGCUCAACACAUGGCGGGAAUUGUGCAGUUGUUUUUGAGCUAUCCACCCUGUGACCCACAAUUUGAAAGCGCACUUAGGGAAGCUUUGCUUGCCAUUGUAAGGACAAAUGGCCCUGCCUGGGAAAACAUCCAUUAUAGCAUAAAGAAUGGUGCCAAGGUCCGAUUUUUUAAUUGAUUUAUGUACAUG